AUGCCUGGAACUGAUUUUAUAGCUAAACUUUGUUCCAUUGACGGCAAUAACUUUUGUGCCGAUUGCGGUACCAGAGCGCCCAGAUGGGCCAGUGUAAAUCUAGGUGUAUUAUUAUGUAUUAACUGUUCUGGUAUACACAGAACGCUCGGAGUUCACCUAUCUCAGGUGAAAUCUCUUACCUUGGAUAACUUGAAGCCAGAGUGGAUCAAGUCACUGAUGAGUAUCGGAAACCACGUCGCAAAUAUGUAUUAUUUAUAUAAACUUCCCCCGAAUGUUUCAAAAUACCACAUUUCUGCAGCGCCGAGCGAUAUGGAGGUUUGGAUUAGAAACAAGUAUGAAAAGAAAGUUUACGCGAUGGAAGGGCUGGAGGAGCCUUGGGUUCUGCUAUCAAAAGGAUUUAACCCUCGAGACGCCGUGUUAAACGGCACCGUUAAUUUUAAUCACCCGCACCCUCACCACGUUCAGCAGCAGAAGAUUCAUAACCCCGAGCCUAAAGCCAGGGAAGUGGAUCUGUUGCACAUGGAGCCGUUUAACUCGGCCCAAAAAAUGGCGCCCAGCAACUUCAACGACGAAUUCAACCCCUUCUCAAUAGAGUCCACCAUGAGGAACAACGAUGCAUACUGGCACAACGAUAACCAGAGUCAAAUCUCGUAUAAGGAGGAGCGCAGGGAGCAGUUGGGAGUCCCCGACGUCCCGGAGCCCGAGGAUUCGGACAAGAUCAGGGACGCCAAAAUUGACGCGGCCAAAAAUUCGAUCGCCAGGCUCUUCCAGAACCCUGCCCAGAUCGGCUUUAAGAGCAGCACCUAUAACCAGACUACUCCAAACUCAGUCGCCGGAGACACCCUGGACUUCGACAACACGGGUUUGAAGGAAAAGCUAGAAUCUGUCAACAGAAACCUGUAA